UCAGCUAUUUAUCAUUUGUUAUUAUCCUUCUCUAUUAUUACCACAUAUCUGCUCUCUCCUUGUGUAUUUUCCCAGCCCCCUUAUUCUUUCUUCUUUAUAUCUGCAUAAAUUUCAGUUCUUGCAAGUUCAAGAGGCCCAAAGAAUGAGCAAAAGACAGGAGGGGUUUAUUGUGGAAGUGGAUACUCAAGAAUCUCUGAAAAAGAAAACAACAAUUUCAAGAAGCUGGAUUUUGAUAGAUACUAAUGGAGAAAGCAAGAUUUUGGAGAUGGAUAAGUAUGAUAUCAUGCAAAGAGUCCCCAUUUAUGCUAGAGAUCUUCGAAUCCUCGAACCUUUGUUGUCUUAUCCUUCUGCCAUCUUAGGCAGAGAUAAAGCUAUUGUUCUCAAUUUGGAGCAUAUUAAAGCAAUCAUCACAACUGAAGAGGUAAUGCUUCAAGAUCCACUUGAUGAUAAUGUUGUUCCCAUUGUAGAAGAAUUUCAAAGAAGAUUGCCUUCAGUAAAUCUCAAUUCUCAAACCCAAGGAGAAGAUGAAGAGAAUUUGGGGCCUCAAAAUGAUUUAGAAACUAGUGAAGAUAAUGAAUUUCCAUUUGAGUUCCGAGCUCUAGAAGUCGCCCUUGAAGCUAUCUGCAGUUUUCUUGAUGCAAGAACAAGAGAAUUGGAAGUUACUGCUUAUCCGGCAUUAGAUGAACUGACGGCAAAGAUUAACAGCCGUAAUCUGGAUCGAGUACGUAAACUGAAAAGUGCAAUGACACGGCUGACCAGCAGGGUUCAGAAGGUAAGGGAUGAACUUGAACAACUUUUGGAUGAUGAUGAUGACAUGUCCGAACUUUACUUAACAAGGAAACUAGACGGUCUUUCUUCCCCGAGUAGUGACAAUGGCGUCCAUACUUGGUUGUCUGCCUCUCCAACUUUAGGCUCGAAGAGAAGCAGGGCAAGUGCAACAACACAUGGAGGAAGUGACGUUGAAGAACUCGAAAUGUUGCUUGAGGCUUACUUCACACAAGUGGAAGGCACAUUAAACAAACUGACUACGCUGCGAGAAUACAUCGAUGACACAGAAGAUUACAUUAACAUUCAGCUGGACCAUCAUCGUAACCAACUGAUUCAGUUGGAGCUGUUCCUGAGUUCGGGGACUGUUUGUUUAUCUAUAUACUCACUGGUGGCUGCGAUGUUUGGCAUGAACAUUCCGUAUCCUUGGAAUGAAGGCCACGGAUACAUAUUUAAAUGGGUGGUUAUAUUAACGGGCAUGGUGUCAGCCUCCGUGUUCACGUCAAUAAUGAUCUAUGCUCGGCACAAAGGUCUCAUUGGAUCUUGAUUAUAAUGUAACCGCUGCUCAAGUUAAGAAUUUAUUGGAAAUAAUCAAUUCAUCGUCACCAGUAGGAUCUAUGCAAUAAACAAAUCUCAUGCUUCAAAUCUUAUCUUCAAACUCAUCAAAAAGAGUUCAAAUUUUGUCUUUACAUUUUCUUCAAGGAAAAUCUUUUAUUUUGUUGCA